CUGUACAUAGAACUCCGUGGCUCAGGCUGACUAUGUAGUGCAGUUGUGAAAGAAGAGCGAGAGAGAGUGAGAGAAAGAGGGCACAGACUUUCUCUACCAGGUGAAUGAGUUACUGAGAGGAGAGAGCAGCAGGAAAGAAUAUCAGCUUUCACAGGACUGUGUUUUUCCAUUGGAUUACAAACAGCAAGAGGGAGAGAUAUUUCCCAGAAUACACGUAGAAGGGUGAUAAUGAAGCUUCUAGCGUCGUUAGCAGUGGUGCUCCUCCUGGUGGCGGUGGAGAGCAUGGCAGCAAGAGGCACAUCCAGGAGGAUGAAGAGGGAGCUGAUGAGCCCGCUGCACAUGGGGGGCAUCAGGGACCCGUUUGGGUCGUACUGCGAGCAGCGGGGUGGCUGCUGCCCGGGUCGUGAGGAUCAGUGUACCGUACCCUACCUGGACACCAUCUGUUACUGUGACCUGUUCUGUAACCGAACCAUCUCAGACUGCUGCCCUGACUUCUGGGGCCACUGUCUGGGCAUCUCACCCCCUUUCAUUGGCACCUGUGAAAGAAACGGACACAAAUUCCUCUCAGGACAGACUUACAAAGAGAACUGCAACUUAUGCACGUGUGGAACAACUGGCCGUUGGGAGUGUGAGCAGCAUGCCUGUCUGAUAGAGAAUGAUAUGAUCCAGGCUGUCAACAGAGGAAACUUUGGCUGGCGGGCAGCAAACUACAGCCAGUUCUAUGGCAUGUCUCUGGACGAGGGCCUGAGGUAUCGCCUGGGGACACAGAGGCCCUCCAGGACCAUCAUGAGCAUGAACGAGAUGCAGAUGAAUAUGGAUACUCAGAAUGACCGUCUGCCUCAGUAUUUUAAUGCAGCAGAGAAGUGGCCUGGAAAGAUCCAUGAACCUCUGGACCAGGGCAACUGCGCUGCCUCCUGGGCCUUCUCCACUGCAGCGGUGGCAUCGGAUCGAAUCUCCAUCCAGUCGAUGGGUCACAUGACCCCUCAGCUGUCGCCCCAGAACCUAAUUUCCUGUGACACGCGCAACCAAGGGGGCUGUGCUGGAGGACGUAUCGACGGAGCCUGGUGGUACCUGAGACGCAGAGGUGUGGUGACAGAGGAGUGCUACCCGUUCUCUGCUCCCCAGCAGACGACAGCAGAGGUGGGCCGCUGUAUGAUGCAGAGUCGCUCUGUGGGCAGAGGGAAGAGACAGGCUACUGCACGCUGCCCCAGCACACACACCUACCACAAUGACAUCUACCAGUCUACACCUCCCUACAGGCUCUCAUCUAACGAGAAGGAGAUCAUGAAGGAGAUUAUGGAUAACGGCCCAGUGCAAGCCAUCCUGGAGGUCCAUGAGGACUUCUUCGUCUAUAAGAAUGGGAUCUAUAAACACACAGAUGUCAGCUUCACCAAACCGCCACACUACCGCAAACACAACACACACUCCGUCAGGAUCACAGGAUGGGGAGAAGAGAGGAACUAUGAUAGGACAACUAAGAAGUACUGGAUUGCUGCCAACUCGUGGGGGAAGAACUGGGGGGAGAACGGCUACUUCCGUAUCGCUCGUGGAGAGAAUGAGUGUGAGAUCGAGGCGUUCGUGAUCGGCGUGUGGGGUAGGGUCACCAUGGAAGACAUGCAAAGCCACCAUCACCACCAACAUCGCCGACGCAAGUAGAGACAGGCACUCCAGGAACUCAGCAUCCUCAGACCCCCUACCCUUCACCCCAUACCCACUUCCCCUCAGCAUCCUCAGAGCCCCUAUCUUUCAUCCCGAACCCUCUUCCCCGUCCUACCCUGGGGAAUCAGCACAACCAGCCCCAGAGCCCCUACCCUUUCACCCCAACCCACUUCCCCUUCCUACCCUCGGGGUGCAACUCAACCAGCCCCGUACUAAACUCUGGGGGAGCAACACAACCAGAACCCCGGAGUUCACACUCUGACCCUUGGAGGAACCAACUACCCCAAGAACCACUACUCUUACCCCUUACACCCAUAUCCAACACUGUAGGUAUUGAAACUCCAGCCGCCCCCAACAUAACUCAAGGUUUAUGGCAUCAAAACAAACUCACGGCCUGCAGGCUUAGAGGGGCUCCUCCAUACAGCCUCCCCGGCUUCAGGACACAGCAAUAAUCACCUCAGGACUCACUAUCCCAAAGACCCCACUUCCCAGACUCCUUGGCUUUGGCCUGGGAUCGACUGUUUACUUCUUGCUUCUGUUCAGAAGUCUCCAUUUCCACUGCUAUGAUGAUGAAAGGACUGGCUUGAUCUGAACUCUCUCUCUCUCUUUCGCUCUCUCUCUCUGGAAGCCAACCCCUUACGGACAGAUUGGGAUAGUGAGAACCAGAGAGAUAGAAUGUUAGAUGACACAAGCACCAGAGAGAAACUAACAAUCCACUUGUGUUACAGUUUAGUUAGUGUUAUCACUGAGGACCUAACUCUUAAUCAUGCUAGCUAUAUCAUUGAUUAAUGUAUUCCUAUUACUGUCAGCAGAUCUGCAGUUGCAGUAGCCACGCAUCUCUCUACACAUUCCCAAAAAAGUUUUCUAGCAGAAUUUUACACUGGAAAGGGUGCUGGUCUAAGGCUUGGUGGUAGGUGGGAUUGAGUUUAGUGAACUGUCCUUUUGACCAAUAAUUUAUUUCCCCUCAUUUACCAAAAAACACUGUUUUCUUUUUAGUACAAUCCUGUACUAUACUAAGUGUAUAGUACAGGAUGGAUUCUCAGCAAGCUCUGGAAAUGUUCUAAAAUCUUCAUAAUGUGGUUAUGGAAGAGAUGGUGUCAAUUUUCCAAUGAUAUCAAAUCAACUUCAGUCUCAUGACCAUGACAGCUCUUGACUGAUUCCAACUGCUUGAACAUAAUGUUUCUGUAAGAAUAAUUUUAGUGGGUCAACCAUUUAUAAAUCUCCCUUAAUAGACAGUAUACACUCUUAGAAGUAACAGAGCCUGGAAGAACCUUUAGAACCAAAGUACCAAUUAUAAAAUUUAUUCGAGGAACCACUGUGUAAAGGUUCACAUCAGAACCUUUUUGUGAUGAGUGAGGUUCAAUUCUGAACCUUUUUAAUAAUAUAUUGUAGAGGUGGCAGCCUAUCAGAAGAUUGGAGGUGUAUCUUAUUGGAGGUAUGGCUUUCAGAUAGUUAUUUUUGGCCACCCAUUACAGUAAAUGUCAUUCCUGUUCAUCAUGUAAAGUUUCAUCAUGCAAAUUUCAAUUUUCCUUGAAUAUUUAUGCAUAUUACAUAUUCUAAUAUAAUAUUAACAUAAUAUUAACAUGGCUGAUGACAAGGUCCAAAAUUAGGAUUUGCAUAGGCUCUUGAGGAACUCGUACACCUCUGUAAGCCUCAUUGAAGCUACAGAACUGUCAUUGUUCAACCUUAACAUGUGAUGAAAAUCUGAACGCCACACCCCUACCAAGCCACACCUCCAGUCCAGGUUUCUGACAGGAACCCUUUGCUAUGUUGAAACAUGAAAGGUUCCUGCAAGAACCCCUCAACUAACCUACGGUGCAAAUAUUGAGGAACUCCAGGGGUUCAUUGAGUACCUCCAGUGUUCCUCGAGUCACCACUAAUUCUAAGAGUGUACACAUUCCAUUUAUUAAUCAGCUGGUUGACAAAAACACAUCUUGGAAAAAACGAGGCAUUGAUUGAAAUAUCUGAGUUGUCAUUUCUUUGAAGAAGGUAAAAUGGCCACCACCAUGUCAUUUUCAGAUGUUGCUUCAACAUGGAAACGUCUUGGUUGAUCAAAUGCCUUAAAUAAAUGAGUGCUGUUUUUCGACCUCUGGUUGAAAAUAUCCCAUGGUUUGUGUAUUAUAAUCUUAAUCUGUUUCCUUCCGUGUACACUGUGUUACUAUAAUGCUGAAAAUAUUGUUGUAUUUUACUCCUAUUUUCUUACUUGCUUUGAGAGAUGUGGUUGUCUCACACACACACUCCCCUCCCCUUACCAGCUGCUUUGAAGAGUGCUUGGGUGGUGCACUUACUCCUUCAGAAGGUGAACACACACACAAUCAAAGUGCCUGACUCUAGGGAGAGGAGGAGGUCGGACUCAGCUGCCAAAGUCUGUUAAAUGCUGUUUCUUUAUAGCCUAAAUCUCACAGACGCAACAUGCCACUAACACUUCAGUAUUCAGCAAUAGGCAUGUGUAGGCCUACAACAGACUCAUUGUGACAUUUCAAAGGUUGUGUAUUUCUAAAGAAGUGUUAGGUAGGUAGUUCAAUCCUCAACUGAAGCCAGUAAUCACACAGGUUCUGAUAUACUGAUAUAACUUGAUAUAACUGCCUUAUGUAAUGUUGCUCUAGGUGCUCUUUUUAUACUGUCUCCAAUUCAGAUCUAUUAUUUCUGUGCCUAUCAUGAGUUUUAAUGUCUAAGUUUCCAGAGGUGCCAACUGUCCUUUUAGAGACCACAUCAUGUAUCAGUUCACACUGUGCAGUCUCACUUCACAAUAAACUGCUUGGCUUCCCAGAA